AAUGCCUUUCGCUGAAUGAUUAGAGGUCUCGAGCGGCGUGGUGGUCACACCGGCCGGUGUGCAAGGAAAGUUACUGCAGGGGAACCAUGCGACUGGCAGAAACGACAUUUUACCACUUUAACCGCGGCAGUCACAUUGACAGGGUUACACUGUGAUUUGAACUGAAUUACCUGACGAGGAUGCGAAGAGCAAGAAUUAGUAUUAAGCCUAAUGUCAAGCCAGGGGGUCGAAGUGUGGCGCCCGCAGCAGAGGGCAAGAGCUCCCAGAAGUCCACAGCUGUUGACGACACCCAACAAACACCGUCACCUCCACAGUCUCAGCUGGACGUGAGAGAGUCUGCUGUGGCGACAGGAGAUGGAAAUGUUCCCGGUUCUCCCUCAGAGAAAGCAUCACUUAACACUAAUGAUGGAGCGCCAUCUAGUGCCAGCACUCCUGCAACUACAGCACUUCAGAGGAGGAGCAGAUUCUCUGUCACACCAAACCUGGCCAGACCCAAAGUCCGUUCUGCUCCUCCUUCAUCUCCUGGAAAAACUGCUUCCCUUCUGUCAGGGCCAUCCAAGACAUCAUCCCCUGUCCAGUCAGCCAAGUCCUUUCCUCAGUCCCCCGUCUCAGUUGCUAUCAGCAGAGACGAUUCUCAAAACUCUACAUUCUCAGAUGCCACUACAGAAGCCAACUGCCCUCCAUCCUCACCAUGUCUUCCUUCCACCUCUGGCUGCCCAGAAUCUCCAACAUCUACACUGUCUCAACAAGAGCCCCACCAAACACCCCAAAAAAUCCCAAACAAGGAUUCUGGGCCCCAAGAAGGAGCCACUCCAGCUUCAUGCACACUCUCACCGUAUGUGAAGCUGUCACGUAUUGAUGGACCAGGCUCUCCCCUCAGGAACAAAAUUGCCUCAGACCAGCAGCGGGUCUUGAGAGCCCUCAAAUUGAAAGAACUGAUGAAACUGGAGAGAAGGAAACAAAGAAUGGAGAAGAGUAAACUGCGUAAGCGAAAUCAUUGCAUUGAGCAGGAUCGUGACAAAAUGUCCUUAGCUGACUUCAUUUAUUACCUGCCAGAAUCAAAUCCUAUGAAAUCCUCCCUUUCCACAGAGGAGACUCAAGCAAAGACCACAGCUCCUCCGUCUCCCAUUGUGCAGAAAAAUAUGGCAGAAGCAGAUGAGGACAAUGAUGAUGCGGAUGAGGCUAUGCUGGUUCCCAAAGUCAGGGUGGCAGAGGAUGGCUCACUGAUUUUAGAUGAAGAAAGUUUGACAGUGCGUGUUCAGAGGACGUCUGAUACAGUUGUUGAGAAUGCUCAUCCGCUGUUUGAGCGAGGCUCUACUACAACAUACGCAAGUUUCAGGAAAAAUAACUAUGUGAAGAGCUGGUCUAUCAGAGAGACAGAUAUGUUCUAUUUGGCCAUCAGUAUGGUGGGAACAGACUUCUCCAUGAUUGCUCAGCUGUUGACUCACCGUACCAGAGCAGAAAUUAAGCGGAAAUUUAGGAAGGAGGAGAGAGCGAAUGCAUGGCGAGUGGAUAAUGCAUUCAGAAACAAGCGGCCAUAUGAUGGGGAGUUUUUCAGUUUCCUGCUGAAGAGGAUCUUGGCUAAAGACAAACAAAAAGGCAAAUCCAUAAAACUGGUUGUGAAAUCCAGUAAAGCAAAGAAAGGCAAAGGUGGUAAAAAAGCCAAACAGCUUGAGGUUGAAGACUCCAUUGAUGAUGAUGAUGAUGAUAAUGAUGAAUUGUGCAGUGUGGACAGUGUCUGUUUUGAUUUAGAAAAGGAGAAUGAGGACAGCUGUAAUGUGAAUGAAGCUGAUGUGCCGUCAAGCACAAGCAAGAAGCGUAAACGCACAAAAGACACUAAGCCAAAUGUUUUGUCAUGUGAGAAAACACGCAAGCCAAGGAAGAAAAACAAGACACUGAAAAAAGGCAAAUGCUCAGUUGAAGGUGAAGAUGGUGACCUUGUGUGUGUGGACAAUGACUUAGUGGAGGGAAGCACUGUAAACGCAGACAAUGAAGAUCAGUCAUGUAUGCCUGUAUCAAAAAAGAAACGCAAACAAUCGAAAAAGUGUGACCGGGAGGGGCAGGAAGAAAAAACAGAUGCUGAAGAAAAAUGCCAGAAAAAGAGGAACAAAAAGAAACUUAAAGUACGGAAUGAAGAACCUACUGAUGGAGAAAGUGGUGCAGUGAAUCAGGAGCUCAAUGAGGUGUCUCCCAUCCAAACUAAAAAACGCAAAUGCUCCAAAGAGUGUGCGAAGGAAGAAGAAACCACAAAAAGAAAACGGAAGAGUAAAAAGAGCAAAACGUCAAUGGAAGAGUGUACUGGAUCUGAGCUGGGUGCUGAUGGUAGUAAAGUCUCAACAGCAGCCCCCGAUGCUGAAGAGGAUCAAGGGGAGAAUCUCAGUCUAGAGAGCACAGCUCAGGAGGAGAUUUCACAAAGCCCUUCCAAACGUUCGAAGAGGCCUUUGCCCAAUUUGGCAAACAGAAAAGCCAAAAAAUGUUCUGAGCCAAAAGCAACAGAAGAGAUUGAAGACACGGUUGAAGAAUCUCAAGAAGAAAGCUGCAAAGAAGCUGAGAAUGCGUUCAGCAUCUGUCUUGCUGAGGAACAGCUCCAGAAAAAGCCAGUAGUUGUUCUGGAGAGAACUCCUCCAAGGUGUAAAGAUUCACACAGCACAUCUGAAAGCCAAGACCAGCCACAGUCCUCUCAGAGCCCACUUCAUUCUCCUGGUUGCCAGGCGAGAGCGGAAAAGGUCAAGCGCAAUCUGACUGCUUCAGAUGAUUGUAGUGAAGUCUCGACAGCAGGCCUCUGUGCUGAAGAGAAUCAAGGGGAGACGCGCAGUCUAGAGAGCACAGCUCAGGAGGAAAUUUCUCAAAGCUCUUCCAAACGUUCUCCUGGACGUCAGACGAGAGCGGAAAAGGUCAUGCACAAUCUGACUGCUUCAGAAGGGGAAAGGAUGGACCAGUGUCAGACUGGGUCAGAUGCUUCACCAGAGGACAUGAGCAGCACUGCCAUGCCUUAUCAAGUGGUCAUCCAAGACUGUAAAGAGAUGGAGGCUGAUCAAUGCAUGGAGGAGGGUCUUAAUUUGCCUCAUUUAGAGUUUUUGACUUCAUCUGAUGUAAAUGGUCAGACAUUACUGAAAAGACCAGUUGUGUUAGUGUCUCAAGAAGAAGUGCAGCACUACCUACGGAUCCAAGCACAAACUGCUGCAGAGGAAUCAACAGCCUCCAGAGGCGAUCAUGUCCAGGACAGUGCAUCUACAGUAGAUGAUCUUCCUUCCUUAGCAUCAGUUGCAACUUCUCCAAGACCUAGUAAGAUGGAGGACCAGGAGAUUUCAUCUUUCCUUGAGAAGCCUCAGGUUCCUGACACCACGCCAUCAGAUAAAGAUAUGACUGAAAGAAGAACAGAGCUUGAAAAGUCAUCAUCUCAAAUUUCUGAGAAUGAAGAUCAAAUAACUGAUCAAGAGGAACAUGAUUCAGAGCUUAGUGAGUCUGAUGUCACAGACACCAUGAUUGAGGAACCUCAGACAGAGGUGAAGAGGAUUGUCCCAGUCAGCUGUUCCUCUGAUGGUUCCUCAGUUUGUACUCAAGAUAUUGUUGCUCCAGAGGUUGCUAAGCCCACAUCCAACCUAGAGUGGGCAUCUCAGGUCAUGAUCAACCCUCAGCAGACCUCCGAGCCUAAUGAAGAAAUUUCAGCUUCAACCCCAGAUGUUUCUGUGGACAGCACUGGUAAAGGAAACGAAGAACAAAUUGACCCGGUUCUCAAUGAUGUUUCAUCAGCACCAUUUGAAGCACACAGUCCGGUUCCAUCUUUUUAUGAUCCUCCCACUGAACAUACAAGCAACAUGUGUGAUAUGGACACGAUGCUGCUUAGUGAGUCUGCAGCUGAAAAUGUUCAAAUACCAGAUGAGCAGGAUUCAGAAAAGCAAGAUGGCACAUAUGAGCGAUCAGAAGCUCCUGAGGAUUGCAUUGCCUCUCUAGAUGGAGAUGCAAAAUCUGAAAUCUCAGGUUCAGCUGGAGUGGAAACGGGAGCAACCGGUGGCCAAUCAGAGGAGGAGCCCACCUUUAUUUUGACUCUAUAUGAGAUUCCAACCUCUCAGCUGUUACUUGAGGCUGACUGUGGCCAGCAGGACAUGCCCCCUUAUGAACUGCAGCCAGCACAAGUCCAGACACCCUCACUGUUUACAGGCAGUUCACAGUCUCUUUCCUUUACAUUAGAGGCUUCCAGUGCAUCUCUGCACAUGGAGUCAGAAGAGACCAAACAAUGUAAAAGUGUUUCUCACAAGGUGCUAGACGAUUCCCUGGUUCCUCAUUCAAAGGAUACAGCAGAAGAUGCCAGUACACAAUUGACAUCCUCACAGGAAAGCAGUCGUUAUGAUUUUAACUUUUUAAUUAGUCCAUCUGAGAUGCUCUCCUGUAAUUCUGCCAUGCCAACAGAUGUUCCAAAGUUGGAUGAGAUCCCAACAAAAUCUCCAGAAACUAAAGCUCCCACUCAAAGGAGAAGUAAGAUAAAGGUCAAGCCAAAACUAAAGCCAUGUGUGAAGGUUGGGCCUUCAAAAAAUGGCCAGCAUGACUGUGCACCCAGUCAGAAUCUGCUAACAUCCCAAGUUGAGAUUGAGUCCAACCAGGAAACAUCUGCACAGGAAACAGUUAGUCCUAAAAUCCACUUAAGCCGUGAAGACAAUGAAAAGGGAGCCCAUCCUGGAGAUGAUGGUGUGAUAUCAACUGCCAUUGUGCCAGGCUCUGAAGAUAUGAGCGAUGAGAGUCAGGUGAAGUGCGAAAGUCCUGUCAGAACAGGCCUCCAGAUGGAUGAGGAUUCGGUUGUUGACCCUCCAGUGCACAGGGUGUUGGCUGAUUCCUUUGUACUCUCCUCAGGAGAAAUGGAAGAUGUUUUUAAUAAGGAGAAGGAAAGCCCUCAUGAUAGUGAGUUCCAAAAACCUGAGGAUUUGUCUGUAUGCCUUCCAGAGAGUGCGAGAUCUCUGUCUCCAGUAAAUGACCAAAAGGAAAAAAUGGCAGAUAUUUCUAAAAAGCCAGAUACUUGCAGAGAGGCAUCAAGUGUGACAUCAUCAGUUUCUCAAGAGAAGACUGUGCCUUUACAAAGGAGAGGCAGGUUGCAAGUGAAGCCUAAAAUCCCCCAAAAAACGUCUAUUAAAGAUGAUAUCUCAAGACAGGAGCAAACUGAUAUUGGGUCUAAUGAACCAGCCACAACUCAAAUCAUUUCACCAGCACCUUUGAUUAAAGAAGAAUCUGUUAAAGUAGAACAGAGAUAUGAGCGAGAAGAUUUCUCUGAUAUUCCAAAGGAGGAGUUAGACACAGAUGACACUGAAGAAGUCAUGAAGACAAAGCAGCAGACACAAUUCACUUCUGUGAAAACAUCAGCAUGCAUUGAAUCAUCACCUGUGGAAAUGAAAUUAGAGGGUGGGCAUGAGAACGUGUCACACGUAGUGUUGUCUGAUAUAUCGGUGCCGGUUUCUAAUGAAAUGGAAGCUGGUGUUAAUAUGGAGAGUGUAAGUACUGUCCAAAGCAGUCUCCAGAUGGGUGAAGAGAACCAGCAGAUCCGCACUACAGAGCCAGACCAGGAGACACAUUCACAUGAGGGUGUUUCACACAUGCUGCUGACUGACAUAUUCAUACCCAUCUGUGAGGACAUGCAAGAUAAUCUGAGCAAGGAAUGGGUGACAGCUGGAAAGAGAAGCCCUCAUGAAGCAGAAAGAUCUCAGAUGAGAGAGGAUCCAGAUAACAUAGACCUGUUAUGUGCAGUGUCACAAUCAUCAAAUGUGGGACCAUCAGUAUCACCCAGAAGGAAAAGACCCACUCAGGGGAAAGGCAAGUUAUUGGUGAAGAUGACGUUUCCCAAAAGGAAGGCUGGAGAUUCCCCUAAGAGUGGCGAGCAAUCACAAACCGUGCCUCCGUCAACCUUAAUGUCAAAACAAGAGGAUGAUGCUACUCUAAAUUCCCCAGAAACUGAAUGCAUCUCAGAACCCAAAGUGGAGUCAACACAAUGUAGUUUUGAGACUUUCACAUGUUCUGACUUGGUGCCCGUUGGCUCAGAGGACCAUGAGGCGACGUGCGGGGGGAUUUCUCACAUGGUGCUCUCUGAUAUUUUGGUGCCUGUAUUGGAUGAGACUACAGAGCACAUCCUUCACAAAGAGGCCUUAUCAGUUGGUCUUCAAGAAGAUGCAGUCAAAUCACAGGUUGAAAAGUCAACAGAGAGAACAGCAAAUACUGAAACAGAUGAGCCAACUGCAAGUCAGUCUGUGUCAGUGGAAUGGAAAACACCUUGUAGGAGAGGCACACUGUGUCCAAAGCCUAAAUUAUCAAAAAGGAGAGAUGAUCCUUCAGAAAGCGACCUCUGUCAGCCCGGCUCUACACAGACCUCUUCAGCUACACUUCAGCAGUCCCUGGACCCUCAUGCAGAGGAAUGGUCCCUCAAAAGCAAUAUGCUGCCCAUGGACUCAGAUGAGAUUGAGAACUGGUGUGAAGGAGUUUCCCACAUGUUGCUGUCAGAUGCAUUUGUGCCUGUUUCUGAAGAAAUUGGAGAGAACAGUACAGACCUAAAAGUGUUUGUCUCAAGCAGUCCUCAUGAGGAUGAGGAACACGCUCUUAGUCCGCCAAAGAGUGAGGAGAAGCCCUCUGAGAUUUCAGAUGAAGUACAUCAGUUAGACACUAUUUCUGACAUGCCAGAGAUUGAGGAGUCAAAUGAGAGUCUGCCGGCAUCACAAGCAAAAACAUCACCAGCGAGAAGUACAUUUCACAUGACACUAAGAUCACCUGAAAGACGCCUUCAAGAUCAACCCAAUGUGCUAAAGACACCCCAAGCUGCCCCAACAACACCCCAGCGAGCUCAGACAUCAAAAGUGGAGUCCAUGGGAACUCCAACAAAGCAACACACAGGAGAGAUCUCAAAUGUGUGUAGGGUACAGCUAGAGAGGUUAUCUGUGGAGGAAAUCUGCUCUGCCUACAGUGUCCUGCAACCAAAGCAUCACAGCACACCUGUCACUGUGAAAACCACCUCCAAAGGGAAUGUGAUGCUCAAGGCAUCUCUGGCUUUGCAUGGAAGCAGAAGCCCUGGUUUAGAAUCGCAUGCUGAUGUAGAGCCACCCUUGCUGCCAGGAUACUCGCCAAAGGUUGUCCUUCAUCGUAUACCAGUAAGUGAUGCGAACACUUCCACAUCUGCCUCGUCCCCAGCUAGAGUGUCCACCGUGGCCUCCAGACAACCGACAGACCAUCAGUCUGAAAAUAGCCUUCCAAUCUCCAGUUUGGACACUGAUAAGGAUCCUGUUCAAGUGUCCCAGUUCUUCCUGGAUGACAUCUUCACUGAAGUCGUGGAUCCAGAUUGAUUCCUAUUUGAGACAUUUUUCACAGCUGCUAUUCCUGUUCAUUGCACUAGAGGGAGCAAUAUGUAACAUUGUUACACUGCUAAUUGCAGACCUGUUAGAGAAUUGUUAGUAAUUUUAAUAAAAUUGCUCAACUUAAAUUUUGUUCACGAAGGAAAAACUUGCAUGCAUAGAUUAUAUAAAUUUGUUAUGAGGCCUUUGCCAUAAUUGUUUUUUGUUUGUGAUGAGACAUGCAGUGAUGCACGUUUAGUCACAGCUGUGUUAUUUAUUUCUAUUUAUUUAAUGCUGAACAUCGCACCACUUUUUUUCAGUGUGGUUUUUACUGACUGCUUUUUAGUUUAAAGAUCUUGCUUUGUUCAAUGCAAAUAUUUGUUUUUAUGGUUACUGUAUGUUACUUUUGUUUUCGUUCUGAGAGCAAAAUCACUUUUGUGAAUUAUAAGUAUAAUUGUUUGUUCUCCAGUUCUCCAGUGAGAAUUUAUUUUCAAGAAUGUUCAUAAGUAAUAUUGUCAAUUGUCAGUUGGCACAGUCUGGAUAUUACAGCAGUGAAGUAGGUAUAAAUAAGUUAAUAAAUUGUUAUUCACUUCAAACUUUAAAA